UGAAAUUUAGGGAUUCCAUGCAAACUGCUACGUGGAAUAAAGCAUCGACACAAUCUGACCUCUCAGAGCAUCUGCCUCGUCGGCCUCUCUAUCCAGAGAGACCAGGACGAUGAUGCCUCCUCCGCCGAUGUCCGCCAAAGAUUCGAUCAUCUCAGCCAUCAGCCUCCUCGUCUUCUCCUCCUUGGAUCUCCUCGACUUUUUCCUCUGCUACCUCUACCGCUUCCUCGACGCCAUUCUGGAGGAAUCCCCCGUCGCGUGCUACUGCCGGCGCGAGGGCGGCGGACGGGGGAGAUCCUUUGUGGAAGAGGAGUCGAAAACUAUCCGGGGGAGACGAAGCCUAUUCAGAGUAAGGUCUGGAUUUGCGUGCGUGGGAGAAAAAAGGGACGGGAAAGAGGAGAAGGGCUGCGACGCGCGGUCCCCGCGGUGGUCUGAUUGCGGCUGCGAGGCGUGCUUGUCUUGGCAGGAGAAGGGGAAGGAGGAGCUUCACCUUGUUGUGAUGGAUGCUUUUGGUGGUAGAAAAGAAGAGUACAGGAUCGAUUCAUUUGGAAGUUCACCAAAAGCUACUUAUAAUUCGGUUGAGAGUGUAGUUUUCAUACAUGGAUUUUUAUCUUCUUCUUCAAUGUGGGUGGAGACAGUCUUCCCCAAUCUCUCCCAAGUCGCAAAACAAAGCUUCAGGAUGAUUGCAGUGGAUCUCUUGGGGUUCGGCAGAAGCCCAAAGCCAACAAACUGCAUAUACACAUUGAAAGACCACCUCCAAAUGAUCGAGAAAUCUGUGCUCACACCAUUGCAGCUGAAUUCUUACCACAUAGUUGCUCACUCGAUGGGCUGCGUCAUUGCACUUGCCCUGGCAGCAAGCAGCCCUGACUCCAUUAAAUCAAUCACUUUGAUUGCUCCACCCUACUUCGAGUCAUCUGAAUCCGAAGCAAGUCACACUGCACUGAACAAACUAGCUGCAAGGAGAGUUUGGCCUCCGUUGCUGUUCGGAUCGGCAGUCAUGUCAUGGUAUGAACACAUCGGCCGAACUGUUUGCUUCAUUUUCUGCAGAAACCACUUGAUCUGGGAGUGGAUCAUCAAGCUGGUCACAAGAAAAAGCGAGCUCAGCUUCUUGUUUACUGAUUUAACUCGGCACACACAUCAUUCAGCUUGGCACACGAUGCACAACGUGAUAUGCGGAGGGGCGAAAUCCAUGGACAGGUAUUUGGUAGCAGUAAGAGAAGCUAAAUUUCCAGUUAGAGUGAUUCAAGGAGACAAGGAUCAAGUGGUUCCUCCGGAGUGUAGUUACAAUCUGAAAGCAAAACUUCCAUUUGCAGAACUUCAAGUUGUGAACGGUAGAGAUCAUUGUAGUGUAGUUGUGGGUAGGGAAGAUAGUUUAACUAGGGAGCUGGAAGCCAUAUGGUUCAGUUGUAGAACACAACACAAAAUGUAUUAAAAAGUGUUGUUUUAGUGAAGGAUGAUACAUUUUUGACACCAUAA